AUGACUGGACAAUCCCCCGAACUGCAUUCGCCGAGCUCGCAUCCUGAGCGACCUAAGGGUAUCCUCAAAAACUCUAGCUCGUACCGCGCCGACUCCCAAACGUCCCCCACUAGCGAGCUUCCACCGGCCGUAAGCCCCAUAUCCGAGCGGCCGCAGCUGGGUCGCGAAUUAUCAGAGAAGGAAAUUGUAUUGGAGAACACGCUGCGCAAUGCUGGCGCUCACCGAAGAUCCUCGUCGAACCCACGCGGCAUCGGUUCACGACGGCAGUCGGGCAUUGACCCCGCGGAUGAGACUAGCCCGCAGCUCAAGUGGGACGAGGCCAACCUUUACCUGAACGAGCAGAACCGCGACAGCACCAUGAAGAUCGAUGAGCCCAAGACACCAUACGCCAAGCAGUACGAUCCCGCCGAGGACGAAGAGGAGGUCGAAAUGCUCAACGCCGAAGAGCUCAAGGUGGACGAGCUGGACAAGCCAAAGCGGAAACCUAAGAUUGAAGAUAUACCCGAGUUCGACUUGGGACAGCCGGAGCUGCAGGCACGACAGUCGCAGACACCCGAGAGCGAGAAGAGGGUCAUGGUGGAAGAGGGCAUGGAUACAGAUGAAGGCUACCACGGCGAGCUCCUCCCCAACGCCACCCAGGAAGAGAGGGAGAAGCACCGCAAGUUUGAAGAGUUGCGCAAGAAGCACUAUGAAAUGAAGAACGUCAAGGACCUGCUUGGUCACCCAGAAGAUGACGAAGAUGAGGAAAUGCCGACACGGCCCAAUGCUUAG